AUGCCGCCGAAGGGGCGGCGGACCGCCGAGAAGCCCUCGAAGGAGUGGGGGCACCCCGACGGCAGGCCCCUGUCGGAGGUCGAGGCUGGCUCGGCGUGCGACGGGGUCGUCACCAACGUCGGGCCCUUCGGCAUCUUCGUGGACUUCGGCGCCGUGAAGGACGGUCUCCUGCGCGUGCCCGCCAAGUUCGCCCGCCAGUUCAAGCGGGGCACCGAGGUGAAGGGCAUGGUCGUCGCCUCCUGCGACGCCGACGCGGGGAAGGUCGUGCUGGACCCGCCCCCGGAGAUGGUCCCGUCGGGCGAGGACGCCAGGUCUCUGGAGAGCCUCGAGCUGGGAGAGGUCUUCGAGGGCACGGUGGUCAGCGUCGGGCCCUUUGGCGUUUUCGUGGACAUCGGCGCCGCCAAGGACGCCAGGCUCGCCGUGACCUCGUCGAUCGGACGCCGCUUCCGCGUCGGCGACGCAGUGAAGGACUGCAAGCUGGAGGCGGUGGACGUCGAGAAGAGGCAGCUCAGCGUCGCCAUCCCCGACCCGGAGGGGGCGGUCAAGGACCUGCCACCGAAGGAGCGGCCGGCGAAGGCUAAGGCCAGAGCUGCCCGCAGCGCAUCGCCGGCCGCGGAUCUGCCCAGGCGCGCGCCGAAGACGUGGACCCACGAGGGCCAGAGGCCGCUGGAGGAGGUCAAGGAGGGCGAGGUGUUCGCGGAGGCCACGGUCACCAACGUCAACGUGUUCGGGGUGUUCGUGAACGUGGGCGCCUUCCGCGACGCCAGGCUCAGCGUGCCUCCCGAGAUCGGCCGCCGCUUCCGCUCCGGGGACGUCGUCCGGGACUGCAGGGUGGAGUCCGUCGACCUGGAGAGGCAGCGGAUGAGCGUCAGCGUGCCCGAUCCGGAGGCGGCUGUCAGGGACCUGCCGCCGAAGCAGCGGGCGCCCGCGCGCUCACCGCCGCCCCCGCGCGGCGCGGCCGAGGCGCGCGCGCGCAGCAGCCCGCCCGGGCCUGGCGGCGCCCGCCAGCGCCAGGGCAGCCGGGCCCCAGGCGGGCGGAAGAAGGACCAGGGGCGCGGCGAGGCCACGCCGCUCGAGGAGCUGCAGGUGGGCCAGGUCUUCGAGGGCACGGUGGCCAACGUGGGCCCCUACGGCGUCUUCGUCGACAUCGGCGCGGUGAAGGACGCGAGGCUGAGCGUCUCCAAGAAGGUGGGGAGGCGCUUCCGCACGGGCGACGUGGUCUCCGGCUGCAAGCUGGAGAACUUGGACGUCGAGGCCAAGCGCUUGGACGUCUCCAUCCCGGACCCGGAGGAGGCGGUGCGGGACCUGCCUCCCAAGGAGCGGGCGCCCGUUCCGAGCGCGAAGGCGAAGAGCAAGGCGAAGGCCAAGGCGAAGGACGCCUCCAGGGCGGCCAGCGCGCCUCCUGCACCCGCGCCGCGGAAGGGCACCCAGAUCGCCCUUGAGGACCUCAAGGUGGGCGCACUCGUGGAUGGCAUCGUCACGAACACGAACCAGUUUGGCGUGUUCCUGGACAUUGGGUGCGGCAAGGACGCGAGGCUCGAUGUGCCCAAGAAUGUGGGCGCGAAGUUCCGCCGCGGCGACGAGGUGUGCGGGAUGCAGAUCGGGGCAGUCGACCUCGAGAAAAGGCAGAUCUCAGUGACCGUCGACGACCCCGAGCUGUCAGUACACGAGGCGCCGGCAGAGCCCAAGGUUCGACAGUCCAGGGCGCAACUCAGCCGUGUGAAGCCUGGCUCGGUCAAGCAAGGUCUGGUCACCAAGGUGGACGGCAACAGCAUCCACGUGGACAUCGGCGUCGCCGCCGACUGCAUACUGUCGGUUCCCGCGGCGCUCGUGAAACAGUUCCGCGCCGGCGACGAGGUCGAGGGCAUGGUCGUUGAAGAGGUGGACGCGAAGGCUGGCUCUGUCCGCUUGUCGCUGGAGGAUCCCGAGCUCGACGGGCCGUCCGCUGGUCAGCCGGAGCCGGCCGCCCAGGGGAAGGCCAAGGCGAAGUCCGCGGCCAAGGCGAAGGCCAAGGCGAAGGCGCAGGCGACCGCCCCCGCUGCGCUCGAGGCCGCGGCCACGCCGUCGGGCAGAGUCUGGAGCCACCAGGGCGGCACCCCGCUCGCGCAGCUGCGCGUGGGCUCCGAGGUCUCCGGCAUAGUCGCAAGCCUCGGCACCAACGCCGCCAUCAUGGACAUCCGCGCCGCCAAGGGCGGCAGGCUCCAGCUGGCCCAGAGGGACCUGAAGAAGCUCCAGAUCGGCGACCAGGUGGACGGCAUGAUCAUAGAGGCGGUCGACCUGCGGGCUGAGAAGAUCACGCUCGUGCUCCCGUACGAGCUCGGGGACGCCCCCGCCGAGCCCACGGUGCCGGAGCGGGCGAGGCCGACGGCCGCCUCCCGGGGGCCGCCGGCCGCUGGCGGGCGGGGCGCCGGCGGGAGACGAGCCGGCAGCCGCGCCGGCAAGCCCGGCCAGCGGCCAGCG